AGUGCCCCGGACAUUUCUCUGUCGGGGUUCCCACCUCCACCCUGCUGCUGCGGGCCGCUGGGGCGGCGGCGAUGGCGGAGGCGGCGCUGCUACUGCAGCCGGAGGCGGCGGCGGAGCGGGACGCUCGGGAGAAGCUGGCUCUUUGGGAUGGGAGACCGGACACGACAGCGCCGCUGACCGACCGGCAGACGGACUCGGUGCUGGAAUUGAAGGCGGCGGCCGAGGACCUGCCCGUACCCGCCGAGCUCCCAAUUGAAGACUUGUGCAGUUUAACAUCCCAGUCGCUGCCCAUUGCACAGGCUUCAAUAGUGCCUGGAUCUACAGAAGACAUUCUCUUGAGGGGAUUCACCUCCUUAGAAAUGGAAGAAGAAAGAAUUGAAACUGCACAGCAGUUUUUCUCAUGGUUUGCAAAGCUACAAACUCAGAUGGAUCAGGAUGAAGGAACUAAAUAUAGGAGCUCUACAUGAAGCCUGUGAACAGCUCCUGAAAGAACAGUCGGAACUUGUUGAUCUGGCUGAAAACAUUCAACAAAAGCUUUCCUAUUUUAAUGAAUUAGAAACUAUUAACACGAAAUUGAAUUCUCCCACGCUGUCUGUGAAUAGUGAAGGAUUUAUACCAAUGCUGGCCAAGUUAGAUGACUGUAUUACAUACAUAUCAUCUCAUCCAAAUUUUAAAGAUUAUCCUGUAUAUUUACUGAAGUUUAAGCAGUGUCUUUCUAAAGCUUUGCACCUCAUGAAGACAUAUACUGUGAACACACUACAGAACCUCACAAGUCAAUUAUUAAAAAGGGAUCCUUCAUCUGUACCUAAUGCAGACAAUGCCUUCACAUUAUUUUAUGUGAAAUUUCGAGCUGCUGCCCCCAAAGUCAGAGCUCUCAUCGAACAAAUAGAACAACGAUCUGAAAAAAUACCUGAAUACCAACAACUGCUAAAUGAAAUUCACCAGUGUUACCUUGAUCAGCGGGAACUCCUUUUGGGCCCUAGUAUUACUUGUACUGUAACAGAGUUAACCAGCCAGAAUAACAGAGACCACUGUGCCUUGAUUCGCAGUGGCUGUGCCUUUAUGGUUCAUGUAUGCCAGGAUGAGCACCAACUUUAUAACGAAUUUUUUACAAAACCAACAUCAAAAUUAGAUGAACUUUUGGAGAAACUGUGUGUGUCAUUGUAUGAUGUCUUCAGGCCAUUGAUCAUUCACGUUAUUCACUUAGAGACUUUAUCGGAACUUUGUGGGAUUCUUAAAAAUGAGGUGCUUGAAGACCAUGUACAGAAUAAUGCUGAACAGUUGGGGGCAUUUGCAGCUGGAGUAAAGCAGAUGUUGGAAGAUGUACAAGAGCGACUUGUCUACCGAACCCACAUCUACAUUCAGACAGACAUCACAGGCUAUAAACCAGCUCCUGGAGAUCUAGCGUAUCCCGAUAAGUUAGUAAUGAUGGAGCAAAUUGCACAGAGUUUAAAAGAUGAGCAGAAGAAGGUACCACCUUCAGAAGCUUUGUUUUCAGAUGUUCAGUUAGAAGAAGCAGAGCCUCCUAAUAAUCUAACAAAAUCUGGUUCAACCGAAUCUCUCAGUCCUAGAGCACAGACCACAAUUUCUCCAGCAGAUCUUCAUGGAAUGUGGUAUCCUACAGUUCGACGAACUCUCGUCUGUCUCUCUAAAUUGUACAGGUGUAUAGAUAGGGCAGUAUUCCAAGGAUUAUCACAGGAAGCCUUGUCGGCCUGCAUUCAGUCAUUACUUGGAGCAUCAGAGUCUAUCAGCAAAAAGAAGACUCAGAUUGAUGGACAACUUUUCUUAAUAAAGCACCUUUUGAUUCUUCGUGAACAGAUUGCUCCGUUUCACACUGAAUUCACCAUUAAGGAAAUUUCCCUGGACCUCAAGAAAACUAGAGAUGCAGCAUUUAAAAUCCUGAAUCCUAUGACUGUUCCAAGAUUUUUUAGGCUGAAUAGCAACAAUGCCUUGAUAGAGUUCUUGUUGGAGGGUACUCCUGAGAUAAGAGAACAUUAUCUUGACUCUAAAAAAGAUGUAGACCGUCAUCUGAAAUCAGCCUGUGAGCAGUUUAUUCAGCAACAGACCAAGCUGUUCGUAGAGCAGCUGGAGGAGUUCCUGACAAAGGUUUCAGCACUAAACACAAUGGCCAGUCAGGGAGGACCCAAGUAUACUCUCUCUCAGCAGCCUUGGGCUCAACCAGCAAAAGUCAGUGACCUUGUGGCAAGUGCCUACAAGACAAUAAAAGCAAAGCUGCCCCUGACGUUGAGAAGUAUGUCAUUGUACCUAUCCAAUAAAGAUACUGAGUUCGUCCUGUUUAAGCCAGUUAGGAAUAAUAUUCAGCAAGUCUUCCAGAAGUUCCAUGUCUUGUUAAAGGAAGAGUUCAGCCCUGAAGAUAUCCAGAUCAUUGCUUGUCCUUCUAUGGAACAGCUGAACCUCCUACUGUCAGUUUCUAAAUAACCAGGCCUGUCGGGCUGUGUGCGUAAAUGGCCGGUCCGGCAGGAGCUGGCUGCCAAGUCCCACGGCCUGCAGGACACCGGGGAAUUGUGCGAGGGGCUUCCUGAGAACCACAGGGCUGCUCAGGGCUGACCGCAGAAUGAAGUGGAAGCAAAGUGUGAC